AUGAGACCUAAGGCCCCUCUGCCACCAGGUGAAACCACGAACGUCAUCUACCGGAUCCAGUGUAACUCCUGUGAAGCCAACUACAUUGGGGAGACGGGCAAACGACUACAGACCCGUGUUGGAGAACACAUGAGGGCAGUAAGGCGAAUGGACCCUUUGUCUCUGGUGGCCGAACACUGCGGCGAUUCCGGACACACGUUCGCCUUUCAGCACGUCAAAAUUCUGGGCCGAGGAAGCGACCGCAUAGCCAGGGAAACAAUCGAGGCUUGGCACACAGGGACAACCUCCAUCAACCGUUGUGUGGCUCUUCCCGCUGUCUAUCAAGCCCAUCGAGCACAGCUCAGUAAACAAAUGAGCAGACGUGAACCCAGGCUAAACACGAAUCCAGACAUGAGUGAGUCCAUGGCGGAUGCACACUCAGCCACCCCUCAACCUGGUUCCGACGAAGGCGCAGUCGUCACCACAGCCGUUCCAUCUACUAGUCCUGCAGACGAGAAAACGGACAGUCGUUGCGACGUAAACAAGAUUGCCAGCUUUGGACGACAGUUAAGGUCAAUGAAGGUACGGGCGACGACCACCAACAUCUCAACGCCGGCCACCGAAGUAGAUUGA